AUGGCGGAAGAAUGGGAAGCUUCCGAUGAAGAAAAGUUGCAGAUUGCGCAGCGAUUUUUGCUAGCGAGUCCUCCCGGACAAGUUCAUGAGGUGCUACGAGAUGUGGCAAAGCUAAUACCGGCACAUGUGCUUCCAGAUGCUGCGCUACGAGGCGCUUUGCAUGCUUACAACGUCAAGAACUGUCUGCCGGUAGAUGUACCGGAUGCGGAUUACAAGAUUUUGAUCUGUGAGGAAGGCCAAGUCGAUGCUGCUCAUUAUAUUGAUCCUAUCGGGAACUGUGUGCUGGGUUUUGACCACAUUAAACAGCAAAUUGUGGCGGAAGAUAUUGCUGAGAUACCAGAAUCAAGGAUCACAGACUUUGAGAAAGAACGAAAAGAAGUGCAAAAAUCCUUACAAUCGUACUUGCAAUUUGAGUAUAUGCAUGGAGGAAUUGCUGGGGUGUACGUGGUUGGUACGAAGCUGGUGGUAAAUUUGUGCACGGAACGGGUCAAUCUACGCAAUUUUUGGGGAGGACGCUGGAAGUCGCGGUGGGAGGUAGACUUGACGGCUAAUCCGUCUAUAGUUAUGGGGACCAUUGAGCUGCAUGUGCACUAUUUUGAAAACGGGAACUUGCAGUUGCAGAGCAUCAAGGAUGUUAAAGAGGAGAUUACGGUGCAGCGUCCUGGUGGUCUGGGUGACGCUAUCCUGGGUGUCAUGAAAGAAGCAGAGGACAAUUUGCAGAUGAAUCUUGAAGAUAUGUACAUCAACAUGUCCGAGGAGACUUUCAAGGAGAUGCGUCGUGUCAUGCCUGUGACCCAGACGAAGAUGGAAUGGAGUCUGCACGCGCAUCGCACGGCCAAGGACCUUGGACGCAGCAAGUAG